AUUCGGCUAAAAUGCCCUGGCACGGGCAUACGUAGUCGUCGGUCCGCCAUUACGACGCAGCCGAGACACGUUCGUCGUAUUUAGUUAAAUAUUUUCGUUUAUAAAUGAGUAAUAACGCUCAUGAUCUAAGUAAUCGACUUCUGAAUGCGUUGGAUAACAAUUACAAUGUGGUCGACAUGCACGCUGUCAACGAAAUUAUAUCCAUUUUGGAGAAAAUCAAUAUUACAAAAGAGUUGUUGGAGACCACCCGACUGGGUAAACAUGUCAACGAGCUGAGGCGGAAGACUACUGACCAGACGUUGGCGCGGCGUGCCAAGGUACUGGUGAAGAGAUGGCGCGACCUCGUCAUACCAGCUGUAUCUUCGCCCGCACACACCGGUUCAAACCGGUCGUCAGCGGAGCGUCAGAUGCGACGUCUGGGUGGCACUCCCCUCACCUCACCCGCUCUCACACGGAAUGUGGUGAGUCCUGCAGUGCCCAGUCCGCGCACUCAGGCUCGACCCGCAUGGGGUGGGUACGAGUCUGACUCUCAGGACGUGAUCCUGGUGGAUGACGAGCCCCCCACCGCGCUGCCACCCCCGCCCAUAGCGCCCCUCGCACCCCUCGCACCCUUCGCCACACAGAAACCACUCACGCCCACGCUUACGAUUACGCCCACGCCUCCAAUCAAGAGGCAACCGUCCCCCGAGCCUCUGCACGAUGACAAAAAGGCGAAGAGGGAUAAAAAGCCUAAGAAAAGAAGGGGCCACAGCCGCGCGGGGUCGGGCACGGAGGCGGGGGGCGUGGGGGAGGGCGAUGCCGGUGUGGAGGGGGGCGGGGUGUGGGGGGCGCGCAAUGGCUCCGCCCACCACGAUCGUCGCCGCAACGGCUGCCGGCGUGACGCUCUCGAUGCCUACUCCGCCCUCGUCAACCGCAUGCCGCCCGCCGGCGCUAAGAAGGUGAAGACGACGAAGGAGCUGCUGGAGCAGAUCCAAUCGCGCGGCAGCAAGCCCGCCUCGCGUCCCGCCUCUCCCUCCUCGCCCGCCUCGCCCGCCUCGCCCGACGUCAUGCUCAUAGAGCCCGACUCGUUCACCAAAGCGGCCUCGCCUCUGCGCAACGGCAGCAGCGAGCCUGGCCGUGGCGCCCCGCCCCCCGCCCGCCCCGCCAGCCCCCUGCCCCCGCGCUCCCCGCUAGACGAGGAGCUGGCGGCGGAGCGCGAGACGUGCACGUGCGAGGAGGAGGCGCAGGAGACGUGCCCCGCGGCCUCGCGUCGCCGCACCGCGCCGCUGCACGUGCUGGCGCUGCACAACGCGCUGCUGCCCGGCGUCAAUGGCACGCGCGCGCCGCUGCACCCGCACCAGUUCGCCGUGCGCAAGCUCGCCGACCACGAGCGGCCCGGACUCUUCACCAGUGUCGUGCCCCUCUACAAGUAUUCCGACUACGCUGACGAUUAUUGCGUUAAGAAUUUAUCGCGAGUGACUCUGUGCAAACAUAUACCGGUCCACGAGUUCGCGCCCCCGCCCCCCGACAUCCCCGCGCCCCCGUCUCCGCCCUCGCCCCGACCCUACCCCGUGGACGAGGAGACCGAGGCGCCGGAGAUCGAAAACGAGCCCGAGUGCGUCAAGACUGAAGUGAUGGAAUACGAGUGCCCCGAGGUGCAGCCGGAGAUGGUGAGCGUGCCCAGCCUCGAGCCCAGCGAGCGGCUGAAGGCGCCCCUGCUGUCGGUCGAGGACGAGCGGCAGUUCGGCGCCGAGCCGGUCGUCAAGAUGGAGGUAGAGGAGCAAUUUGUGAGCGAACCCCAGGAGCAUAGGACGGUUGAGCGGACGAAAGAGGAGCUCGACGGCAAGGGGUUGUACGCGUUGUGCCAGCGCGCGAUGGACGCGAUCCCGUACUCGUACGCGCAAGCGGCGAGCGCGCCCGUGCUGUCGCUGUCGGCCGUGGAGCAGGGUGCGACGCUGGAGGAGGUGGACUCGUGCCCCGACGAGCUGGGCCGGCCGCAACGCGCGCCGCGCUUCGCCGAGUGGCACGAGUGCGCGCGCCUCGGCGACCUCAUCGCGCUGCCCUACGUCGUGAUAGACUGAGCCCGGCCCCCGGCCUGCGCCGCGCCACGUGCCAAACACCCCCCGGGCCGCGGCCGCUCGACCAAAGCUUCCGUUGUCUCGCUGUGUUCCAAGUGUCCUUACGUUAGUUUUAAGGGUAACCGAUGUAUAUAGAAGUGUUGGUUAGUCCGUGUGAGCGCUCGAAUAUGUACAUACAGUUUAAGUUAGUGAAUGUAGUUAGGAAUGAAAUGUGCGGGGACGUCGAUACGGUGUCCGGUUCGCGCCGAUGUGUUUUUAGUCACGUAUUUAUUUUUUAAUCGUUUAUAAACGGAGGCGUCGUUCUCUCAGUCGUUGUGAUACUGCGCAGUGCUCACCGCGCCGCUCUAUACAUUCUCUCAGCUGCGCUCCACACUUAUCGUAAUAUAACGAAAGACAAAAAUAUCUCUAGACUGUUGCAUAUUGAUUUAUCUUGUUACCGAAUGUGAUUUAUGAAGAGAAAUUAGGUAAUUAAUAAUAAUAGGAGUUCCAAUUGUAUAUUAUACAUAUAUAUUAUUGCUAUAUCAUUGAGUCGAGUGUUGGAUGAACUGAUUUGUCAUUAUAUUUAAAUUGUAACUGUUCUAUGACCAUUGUACAACUGACUGUUUCAAAAUAUAUCUACCUUAAGUGCUCUAAUCAAAGAAAAAAGGGUAAAUUUAAUAUAAUGCCUACAUAUGGGCUACUAAAGUUAUUACCUGCUUCAUAUUGCAAUAAAAUUUCCGUACAAGCGCACGGCUGGCAACAAAACAUUUAACCUGUGAUGUGUCAAAUAAUUUAGAAACAUUUAAACCCAUAUAUUUUCCUACAAAAACUACAAUUGAACAUUUUUAGUUAUUAUUUUCGAAGAACUGUGAUAAUUUUUGAACGUAGACAGAAAAUACGAUAUAUUAUGCAUUUAGUUAGUUGCCAGCCCUGCGUUACGUCAAAUCUGUCAAAUGUCAAACUUUUUUUUUUUAAUUUGUUCAGCGGGCAAAGUUUCAUGUACCUUUGGGUCUGUGCUCCGAGCUUAAGGGUAAUUUUAUAUAGCGUGUAGCGCAGCGCCAAUUUUAUGAGUUUUUUUGUUACAUGAGUACAAUGUUUUGUUACAAGUGUGCGUACACAGAGUCAAAGUUUAAUGGAUUCAUUGAUAUUUAAAAAUUUACACAAGGAUAAAUGUUUAAACGUAUAAAGGCUGAGGUUUCUCUGCCAUUUUUUUAAUACAAAUGAGAAAUGACAAAUGUUUUUGUACAAAUCUAUUAGCCGAUG